AUGCCUCUCGAUUAUAAUCCCGAGACAGAGAUCCCUGAUCUGACGGGGAAGUCAAUAUUUAUUACAGGAGGAACCGGCGGCCUAGGCGCAGCAUCAGCAAUUCACCUCGCGAAGCACAACCCAUCACACAUCUACAUCAGCGGCCGCAAUGCCACAAGCGCAGAGAAAGUGAUCAAACAGAUCCAUAAAGACACCCCCAACCUCGCAGUCACAUUUAUCAAAUUCGACCUAUCCUCCCUAAGCUCCGUCAAAGAAGCCGCCGAGCGUUUCACUAGCCAACACCGAACCCUAAACAUCCUAAUGUGUAAUGCCGGUGUAAUGGCACUACCCCCGAGCACAACAGUAGAUGGCUACGAGCUGCAGUUCGGCACCAACCACCUCGGCCACGCCCUACUCAUCAAAAAGUUCCUACCCCUCCUCGAAGCCACCACCGACCCGCGCAUCGUGCUCCUCACCUCACAGGGAUGGGGACUGCACCCACGCGGCGGGAUCAUCUUCGAUAAAUUGAAGACGCCGCAAAAUAUUUCCUUCGGUGGGCCGUGGGUGCGGUAUGGACAGAGUAAGCUGGCGAAUUUGGUGUAUGCGCGCGAGCUCGCGAAGAGGUUUCCGGGUAUCACAUCGGUGUCGGUGCAUCCUGGUGUUGUGGGGACGGGCCUUGUUGAUGGUCUGGGGAUUAAGGAGAAGAUUCUUGUUUAUGCGCUUAGUUGGUGGAGGAUGCUGCAGGUGCAUGAGGGUGCGUUUAGUCAGACUUGGGCGGCUACGGUGGAUAAGGCGGAGAUUCGGAAUGGGGGGUAUUACGAGCCUGUUGGGAAGUUGGAGAAUAGGAAGCUUGAUGCGGCAGCGAGGGAUGAGGUGCUUGCGGAGAGGUUGUGGGAUUGGACUGAGGAGGCUUUGAAGGAAUUUUGA